CGGAAGUUAGGCGUUUGGAGUCACGCGGUGGACCCAGCUUACUUCAGUUUCCAGCGGUUCGCUUCUGAUUACCGACCGGGCUUGAGCCUGGACCUGGGCCUGGAGUGGUUUGCUCUUCCCCAGGUCCAGUGUCCACUCCCCGCCUCUGUCCCAAGCGAGGGGCUGUUUACGAGCGAGCUGUUAGGCGGGACUAGGCAGUACUAUCACCUGCCGGCAGAGGGCGUAUUACUCUAGAGUGGACAAAGUGACCACCGUGUAGCCAUGGGUACAGCACUUGUGUACCACGAGGACAUGACAGCCACCCGGCUGCUCUGGGACGACCCCGAGUGCGAAAUUGAGUGUCCGGAGCGCCUGACUGCAGCCUUGGAUGGCCUGCGGCAGAGUGGCCUAGAACAAAGGUGCCUGCGUUUGUCAGCUUGUGAGGCAUCAGAGGAAGAGCUGGGCCUUGUCCACAGCCCGGAAUAUAUAGCCCUGGUGCGGAAGACCCAGACCCUGGACAAAGAGGAGCUCCAGACACUGUCUAAGCAGUAUGAUGCUGUCUACUUCCAUCCGAACACUUUCCACUGCGCCCGGCUCGCCGUGGGGGCUGCCCUGCAGUUGGUGGAUGCUGUGUUAACAGAGGCCGUGCACAAUGGGCUGGCCCUGGUGAGGCCUCCAGGGCACCAUAGUCAGAGGGCGGCUGCCAAUGGGUUCUGUGUGUUCAACAAUGUGGCUAUAGCAGCCAAGCACGCCAAGCAGAAAUAUGGGCUGCAGAGGAUUCUCAUUGUUGACUGGGAUGUCCACCAUGGCCAGGGCAUCCAGUAUAUCUUCGAUGAUGACCCCAGUGUCCUUUAUUUCUCCUGGCACCGCUAUGAGCACGGACGCUUCUGGCCAUGCCUUCAAGAGUCCGACGCAGAUGCAGUUGGGCAAGGGCGGGGCCAAGGCUUCACUGUCAAUUUGCCCUGGAAUCGGGUUGGGAUGGAGAAUGCUGACUAUUUGGCUGCCUUCCUGCAUGUGCUGCUUCCGUUGGCCUUUGAGUUUGACCCUGAGCUGGUGCUGGUCUCAGCAGGAUUCGACUCUGCUAUCGGGGACCCUGAGGGGCAGAUGCAGGCCACACCUGAGUGCUUUGCCCACCUCACACAGCUGCUGCAGGUGCUAGCUGGUGGCCGGAUUUGUGCUGUGUUAGAGGGUGGAUACCACCUGGAGUCCCUAGCACAGUCAGUGUGCAUGAUGGUGCAAACACUGCUUGGUGACCCCACACCUCCCCUUCCUGGGCUCAUGGUGCCAUGUCAGAGUGCCCUGGAGUCCAUCCAGAGUGUCCGGACAGCCCAGGCCCCUCACUGGACAAGCCUCCAACAAAAUGUGGCUCCAGUUCUGAGUCCCAGCACCCACGCUCCUGAAGGGAGGUCUCUGCCUCUGCUUGCCGAGAGUCACACAUGCACAGUAGCGGAAGAUGCACUGAGCCCCCUCCUGGACAGACUAUGCCUCCGCCCUACACCCCCAGUCUGCACAGCUGUUGCUUUGACUGUGCCAGGUGCUGCUCUGGCCUUACCUGCUGGAGUGCUCCAUCAGGAAGGGUCAGUCUUGAGGGAGGAAACCGUGGCCUGGGCCAGGCUAUACAAGUCCAGGUUCCAGGAUGAGGAUCUUACCACCCUGGGGAAGAUUCUGUGUCUCUUAGAUGGAAUCCUGGAUGGGCAGGUAAGAAGUGGCCUGGCAACCACAACUGCCCUUGCCACAGCAGCAACUUUGGAUGUGGUCAUUCAGCGAUGCCUAUUCCAUGGAGCUCAGAGGCUGCUCUGUGUGGCCCUGGGACAGCUGGAUCGACCCCUGGAUCUUGCAGACGAUGGGAGAAUUCUGUGGCUGAACAUCCGGGGCAAGGAGGCAGCCAUCUGGUCCACGUUUCACGUCUCCACUCCACUGCCACAGACUACUGGAGGCUUUCUGAGUUGCAUCUUGGGUCUGGUACUGCCCCUGGCCUAUGGCUUUCAGCCUGACGUGGUGUUGAUGGCAUUGGGGCCCGCCCAUGGCUUGCAGAACGCCCAAGCUGCUCUCUUAGCUGCAACGCUUCGGGGCCCAGUAGGGGGCCGAAUUCUAGCUGUAGUGGAAGAGGAAUCCAUACUCCAUCUUGCCAGAACCCUGGCGCAGGUACUACAUGGAGAAGCACCUCCCAGUCUGGGCCCUUUCUUGAUGGCCUCUCCAGAGGAGAGCCAGGCCCUUAUGUUUCUAAAAGCUCAGCUGGAACCUCGGUGGAAGUUGCUGCAGGUGGCUGGGCCUCCACCAGGACCGUGCUCUCCAGUCGCUUGAAAUCGGUCAAGGCGGGCGACUCCUAUUUGGAGAAAAACGCACUCAGGUUCCAGCGAGCCAGGGCUCGAGACCUACGUCCCCUCUGCGCCCCAGGCUUCCUACCGCUAGAACAAUAAACAUCGACAAAACAGAACGCACAUCUGCUUCCCUUACUGAGUGUUAUCUGAGGUUAUGCUCUAAUUCCGAAAGCGGAGGCUGCGACCCCGCCC